AUGCUGUCACUCUCGACAGACGUCCAGCGCGACUUUGAUUCGCUCGUCACUCCGACGACGUUCGUCUCCCAGCACUCGUCCUCGCUCCCUCACACCGUCCCGCUCACCGACUACACCUCGCACGCCUUCCCUACCAUGCCCGACACACUCUACGACCCCGCCUCGCCCACUCCGGACACCCUCCUGCUCAACUGGCACGCCGCCGCCUCGUCCGACAUCGACACCUCGGUCUACUCGUCCCACUCGUCCUCGCCCGCAACCAGCUUCAGGUCCACCCCGCCCGCGCAGAGUCCGAUGGAGGACAAGGCUUACGUCGUUGCAGCUGGGCUGGAGGAGGACCCGUUCGAGGGGUUUGCGUUCGCAGAGUCGUUGCGCCCGUUCGACGCGCUCACAAACCCGCCCAAGUCGGCUUCGCAGCACCUCGAGGCUCUCGUCCCUGAGUCGCUCCAACCGCCGUCACUCGUCGACGCGCUCAAACAGCCAACGACGACGACGACGACGACGACGACGGGCGACAUGUUCAGUGCUGCCAUGGCCGCGGGAGAGGCGACGACCGUCUUUGCCGCGCUCGACCAGCAGCACACGUUCGCCAACUCGCUCGACUACGGCGCUCAACCGUUCACCGGAUCGCACGGGAUCAACGCACAGCAGCAACAGGGACACGCCCAGCAGUACUCGUUCGUCCAGAGCGCGCCGCCCUCGUCACUCGACUUCCCGCCCGCCCUCGCGCAGCACCCACCCGCUCCGCCGGCGCAGCUGCAGCACGGGUUCUACAGUCCCCAGCCGAGCGCGUACCCUCAGCAGCAGCAACAGUCGUUCCAGUUCGUCGCCAACCCGUCCCAGCCGCAGCCCUACGUCCCCGUCCAGUUCACCACCCUCAACGGCGCGACUUACGCCGUCGCCGUGCCCGUCUCGUCACAGACUCCGCAGGCCAUCGAGACGCCCCAUGGGACGUACUACUUUGUCCCGUCGAGCUUGCCGCCGGUUCAGCAGCAGCAGCAGGCGCCGAUGCCGCAGACGACGCAGGCCUCUCCUCCCGAGCCGACGCCGACGCACGCCCCGACGCAAGGCCUGACGACGCGCUCGAUGGCGGGCGGACGUCCCAAGCGCGCGCCGCUCACCUCGUCGUCGAUCGUCGUCCCCUCGGGCACGCACGCCGCCGUCCAAGCCGCCACGAACGCCGCUCUCGCAGUCGCCAACGUCGCCACGCUCUCGUCUCAGCAAAAGAUCCGCCUCCCCGUCGGACAGGGAAAGAAGGGUUCGACGAAACGUCACCCGCCGAAGAAGGAGCAGCCGAAACGAUUCGUCUGCCCUCACCCCGGCUGCGGACGUCCCUUUACUCGCAACUUCAACAUGCAGAGUCACUACAAGAGUCACCUCGGCAUCCGCGAAUUCGACUGCCCCGCCUGCCCGAAGAAGUUCUCGAGGCGCCACGACCGCGCGAGGCACUGCGCUGCCGUGCACGAGUUGUUUGUCGAUCGCGAGGGAGAUGCGUUGAGUCGCGAGCAGAGCGAGGAGGCUGAGGACGACGAGUAUGCUGUUCGUGCGUCGGGCUAG